CAGCUCCGAUGCUACGAGUGCAUUGGCUGCGAGGUAAGCAAUUGGUGUAUGUGCUUCUUCGAUAUAAAGGAGACCACCGGCGCACCCAUCAACCAAUUCCUCCCUAUUUUCGAGCUCAAGUGCGAAGUCUGAAUCAUCGACUGUCAUGUCACGUUAUCAUCACGACCAGAAUUACCACAACGACAGGAGUCGCCGCAGCGGUCAACACCAUGCACAUGGUCGAGGGGAUGGGUAUAACACACAAUUUGGACAAGACCAGCAUGUCGGCCAACAGAGCGUACCUGACCAAUCUCACCACCGCAUGCAGUUGAACAAUUUCCUGCAACACAGAUUCAGAUCUACGCAAGACCUGCGGAUCGAUAGUUCAUCGACCGGUCCCGGGCACGCACUGUGGUGGACCGUGAUCGUAUACUUCCGAGACCAUGAAUAUGGCAGAGGCGAGGGGGCAACCAAAGCGUCUGCUAGAGAACUUGCUUGUCAGAUUGCUCUACAAGCCCUCAUGCAACCAGGAAUUGGCCAUUGAGGUUUUAUCAUUAAUUUUCCGUGUAGCUGCUUUUGCUGCUUUGUU